GUCAUCCUCCUUUUCAUAGACUUUUUCAAUGAUCCGGACUCAAACUCUUCUUUAAUGUUAAUGUUUUGAAUAGUCUCUGGUCGCUGCUGUCGAAGAGCUUGGGGAUAUACACGUGACAUGCGUGACAUGACAUCCAAUGCAACUCUUUGAGAUGCAACUGAACUUGUGCUAACUUAAGAGAAUCGAACUCAUGCCGCCAACAGCAUUUCGAGUGUGCAGAACGUGCGCUCUACAGCAUUAUGGUCAAAGCCGGACAUUCUUCUCCUUCGCAAAGGUCUUCCGCUCCUCAACACCACCUCCUGCUAAAGAUAGUCCAAAUGUUCCGGUCCCGCAUACGCCUUUCACCAGGCUACAAAAUGAAGACGAACAAGAGCUGUACGAUGAUCUAACGGACAGGUUUUUGGAAAAGCUGAGGAUGACGGACAAUGCCGAGGAAGCAUGGGAAGACUACUCAAAACUGGUUGAAAGCACAUUGGAGAAGUUCAACCUCUCGAUCCUCUCUCACCACCGGCUCUUCAAAAUGCUGCAGCUAACACCUGCGCCUAGGAGUGAUUCUAAAGCACACGUCAUGUCAAGCAUCGUCAAAAAGCUGGCGUGGUCUGCCAAGUCAGAGGAGUAUGAGCGGUUGAUUCAAAUUCAUGACAAGCAGAAUGAUGUAUCGAAAAUCAUCUCUCUGAUAAAUGAGAUGCGACGAAAUGGUAUUCGUCCUACCAUUCGUGCGUACAAUCACCUCAUUCGGGUUUACAUUCGUAACAACAACUUGAAGGCUGCUAUGAGCAUUUUUGAAAAACUUCGAAAUACGAGCGAAACGGAUGAAUCCGCAGAUCCGCAUCUGAAACCCGACGUAUAUACUUACUCCUCGCUUAUUCGUGGACAUUUGGAAAACUCAAAUCAUUCCGCCGCGGAUCGAUUAUUUGGAGAAAUGCGAGCAUUGGGUAUCGGCCCUAACCUUGCCCUAUUCAAUGCGCUGAUGUUGAGUUAUCUUCGGCGAGGGCGAAACGGAGCGGCUCUACGUCUCUUUGAUGAGCUACGCAAAACAGAAAGCUUGGCACCUAACAUUGUCAGCUAUCGAUUGCGCGUUGCAGCGUACGUGAAUAGUGGAAAUACGGUCGCGGCUCGCAGGGUGUUAGAUGAGAUGAUAUCGGGCAAAGAUCCCCUUGUGCCUCUGCCAGACUAUGCGAUAUGGAAGAUGGUGAUUAAGGCGUACGCAGGCACUGAGAAUUUGGCGAUGGCCUUGGAACUGUUACAAUUAAUGCAGGAGAGAUCUAGAAGAUUGUCCAAUGAGGAAGACACAACUGUGGUAGCACCGAACGCCAGUAUAUUCUCAACAGUAAUUGCUCUAUGCUGCCGACAAGGCGAGAUUGCAGACGCACAAAGGUUGUACGAUGACAUGCUACGCGAAGGAAUGCGACCAACGCCCGCGAUAUGGAACACCAUGAUCGCCGCACUUGCUAGACACGGAGACGCGGUGUCAGCUAGGCGACUGUACAGCGCAGCACGGGAGAGCCAGGCGACCCUGAACGUUGAUACUCUGGCAGAGCUUGUUCGAGCUUACCUCGCUAAAGGGCAAUACAGUGCGGCAAUAGAGAUUGGGGUAGAUGUAACCAAAUUGGACGCGGCGGUGACAGCGGAAGCGAUAUCUCUUAUUACCGAAAAGGUAGUUUGUCCUGUCGUGGAGGCACUGAGUUCUGAUGGUCGUCAUCUCGACCAAGCAACUACGCUGGUGCAUGCUGUGAUACGACAAGCGCAACACUAUGGAGCACCAUUGCCUUCAUUGUCCCGACUGUAUUGUGCUUUGAUGGACGGGUAUGCAAAAGGUCCGAAAGGGUGGGAAAGGACUAUCUUUUUGUUUCGUGAAUACUUGGGACGCGGUGGUGAGAGAGAAGGGCCAAUUUCUGAUCUAUUGAUCAGACUGGCCAGUAAAUUGCUGGCCCACCCUGCGAAGAUCAUUUUGGAAAUGGUGGCGUCGAAGGAAUUAUGCCCGACUGUAUCUGGAUGGAUUCAGACUGUCGACGCGCUGUUGGAUAGUGAGCGACAAGACGAACUCAGGGCAUUGUUAAGUGGAUUGAAAGGACGGGAUGAGGCGACGGCGAGAUUGGGUUACGUAGUACUAGACAUGGUUCUGGAUAGGAUUGAUACCAGACACGAUCAAACGGUUGCGAAUACAGUUGACGGCGAUGAAACGAAGAAGGAACACAUGUAUGCGUCCCCUGGGUUGGGGGAGGAGGAGAUUGAGCAGAUUUUGGCGCUUAUCGCGAGACGAUUAGCUCCUACUAGUUGUUAAAACCAAUGUAAUGUACACUUCAUGUCGAACAUAUUUACACUUAAAGUAGGACGAUG